GAGGGUAUUACGCAUCCUGAGUCUCAGGAAGGGAAAAGGAGAAACCACUUGCUGUCUGAGCCUGCAGACGGGUACAAUACAGUGAAGAGUGUUCUCACUGUACAGGAGUAUUUCGCCAAGCGCAUGGCUAAACUGAAGGGAUCCCAGAAUGGAACAGGAGCAAAGGUGCGCAAUUCCCACCCAACAGCUGAUGAAGCUGCAGAGGCUUCAGAAGAACUGGAAACCAAAGUCAAGAAGAAAAAGAAGAAGCAGAAGAGAGAUGAGGCAGAGAGUACAGAGCGUUGCGAGAAACCUAAAGUGAAACAGCCGAAGGUAGGGAGCCUGAAUGGAGAGGAACUGGAUGCUCCGUUAAGUGAGUGUCACCCAGGGAAAAAGAAAAGGAAACAUAAAGAGCAGCACGAUGGGGAGAGCAUCAGUUGUGAUGAAAAUAUGGGCAGUGGAGAAAUUUAUAGGGGAAUAUCUGAUGGGGAAGAUCUCACCAUGAAGGACUCUGAGGCAAAGCAAAAGAAACGCCAUAAGAAGAAACACCGAAGGCAAAGUGAGGAGGCAGCUGAGUGUCUCGAAGGAGCACAGAGAAAGAAAAAGAAGCACUACAAGCACAUUUGA